AUGAGUCGACUCACUCAGGCUCACUCUGCAGGCUCAGGUGAAGCUGCGUCCCAACUCAAAAGGACGAUAGAGUACUUCUACUACCUGGAGGACACGGUCCAAUCCAUCUGCAAGCAGCGAGACAUUCCCUUGCCACUGGACUACCAGAUCUUCUUGGCCAAUCGAAGCUGCCUGUCGGAGGAGAGCUGCGGGUGUCCCACAGCCCUCGUGAAAAGGGCGGUCGCUUCAAUAGAACUCCCCUACACACAAACGACCCCUAGCGAAAGCAACGAUGCAGUCGUCCCGGACACGGAGUUCCCGCCAGACAUUCCCAGCAGCCUUGAGCCGGAGACGGGUGAAUGGGAACGUUACGGCAUAUCCAAGGAGGAUUGGAUGGCUGCAGGGUCAUCGCAGCAAAACACCCCACAGUCACCCGACCAAUCAGUUCCGACGGUGCCAGAGAAGACCUUCGUGGAAGUCAUCUGCAGUGGCUUCACCUCAACCCCCUUGAUGGAAGCACCCGAAUAUUUCGUCAUCUCUCCCAGUGGCGAUGUGACGUCCUUGGGAAAAUUGCCCUCACAGCCUGAACAUUGAUGCACAUGACGAAAUGUCCAAGUCUACAUUGUAUGCUAAUGGACCUUUUAAUCCUUCCUUCGUAGUGUUUAGCGAGUAUUUUUGUAUGCUGGUGUUUCUACCCACGCUGUCUGUGUACAGAGAGUUGUGUUUUUCUUCUAACAGUUUUAAGGAAUGUUUACACAUAGUUUAUCACUCCUUCAUUUCGUUUUUAAUUGAAAUUUUGUUAUGUGAGAUAACAUUUUUCGUAUGCAUCACCCAUUUAAAUAGUUGUUCAUUAAAAUAUUAGCACUCUGCAUCACUAAUUAAAUGAGUAAUUUGGCUGAUUUAUCUAGGUUCCUAAUUUUAGAAAGGCUGAGACACGUUUUUGCGGUAUUUUUGCUUCACUCGAAAUUACCGUAUUUUCUCGCAUAUAACCCACCCCUGCAUCUAAC